GAUAAUACGACAAUUACUUCAAGGUUAUCUUUCCAAAGUAUUUUUAAAUUAGAAAGUGCUUGAUAUAAAAUAAUCAAAAUAGACUCUUUAAAUUAUGGUUCACUCUCACUAUGUAAUAUACUACUUAGGUACUGGACAAACAUUCUCACGAAUGGAACAAAGACUUUUUUUUUUUUUAAAGAUAAACUAAUUGGACUAUUGGUUUACCUGUGGUUCCUAUCUCAAAGCUUCUUGGCUGAGAAUGGGUUUAAUGAUUACCUUUUAUAACCUCUGUACUUAAGCUGCUGCUGCUUCUGCGUAUUCUGGUUUCAGACAUGAACAUGUCUUGCUGUCUAACUGGCUGGUAAAUCUAACGGGAGAAAUAGAAAUACACUAUACAAAGAUUCCUGGAGACUGAUUAACAGCAAACAAAUAUAAAUAAAUAAGAGAUUUCAGCAAGUAAACCAAAUGGGUGAAGAAACCUUGAGGAAAAGAAGAGGAGAGGACAACAGAAAAGAAGAUGGACAGUCCAUUCAGAGUCAUGAACCCCAAACGAUGAACCUACAAAAACAGGUGGGCCUCAUCAGUGGAAUCUGUAUGAUUGUUGGUACAAUUAUUGGCUCAGGUAUCUUUGUUUCUCCAAAAUCAGUACUUGCCAACAUUGGAGCUGUGGGUCCUUGUUUAACCAUCUGGGCAGCCUGUGGAAUUCUUGCAACAUUAGGUGCACUUUGUUUUGCUGAGCUUGGUACAAUGAUCACAAAAUCCGGGGGAGAAUAUCCUUACCUUAUGGAGGCAUUUGGCCCGAUUCCAGCAUUUUUAUUUUCAUGGACAAGCUUACUCGUCACAAAACCCAGUUCAUUUGCAAUCAUUUGCCUCAGCUUUGCAGAAUACGCAUCAGCUCCUUUUUAUCCGGGUUGCGAUCCACCCCCAGUUGUCAUCAAGUGUCUUGCAGCAGCUGCCAUUGUGGUAAUUACAAUAGUGAAUUCACUGAGUGUGAAGCUGGGAAGCUAUCUCCAGAAUUUUCUCACGGCUGCUAAAAUGAUCAUUGUCACAAUCAUUAUUGUAAGUGGAAUUGUUCUCCUUGCACAAGGAAAAACUGAAAGCUUCAAAGACUCUUUCAAGGACAGUAAAAUUUCUGUUAGCUCUAUUGGUCUGGCAUUUUAUAAUGGACUCUGGGCAUAUGAUGGAUGGAAUCAACUCAAUUACAUCACAGAAGAACUUAAAAAUCCUUACAGAAAUCUACCGCUAUCUAUAAUUAUUGGAAUCCCCUUGGUUACAGUUUGUUACGUUCUGAUAAACAUUUCAUAUUUCACCGUAAUGACUUCAACAGAACUCCUGCAGUCCCAGGCAGUUGCUGUGACAUUUGGAGAUAGAGUCCUUUAUCCAGCCUCUUGGAUAGUUCCUCUCUUUGUGGCCUUUUCUACAAUUGGAUCUGCCAAUGGGACCUGUUUUACUGCAGGCAGACUUGUUUAUGUUGCAGGUCGGGAAGGGCACAUGCUAAAGGUGCUAUCUUACAUUAGCGUUAAGCGUUUAACACCAGCACCUGCCAUCAUAUUUUACGGGGCCAUUGCUAUUAUUUAUAUUAUCCCUGGUGACAUCGACACACUCAUAAAUUAUUUUAGUUUCGCAGUCUGGAUAUUUUAUGGUUUAACUGUAUUGGCACUCAUUGUUAUGAGGUUUACAAGAAAGGAACUCAACAGACCAAUCAGGAUACCCAUCAUCAUUCCAGUCAUAGUGACAUUAGUCUCCAUUUUACUGGUAUUGGCACCAAUCAUCAGUGCACCUGAAUUAGCCUAUUUGUACUGUGUUUUAUUUAUACUCAGUGGACUUAUAGUUUAUGUACUUUUUGUUCAUUUUAAAUUCAACUGGCCCCAAAAAAUAUCAAAGCCCAUCACUAUGCACCUUCAGAUGCUUUUGGAAGUUGUUCCAGCAGAGGAAGUUACUGAAUAAAGUAUUUUGUAUGUACCGAGUUGUUUUUAAAGUGCUGUACUGGUUGAAGGAGAUUCAAUUUAGUUUGGCACACAUUGAUACUUUCUAAAUUGUUAUGUUCAUACUGGUGUAUUAUUUUUGCAACACUUUAGUACUUGAAAAUUGUUAAAUAUAUAAAAGAUUUCUGAGCCAGAUUAGUGUCCAGCAGAGUUGUUUUGUUUGCCAACAUGCUACGGUAUCUUGUUUUCGGCAUUAAAAUUACUCAAACAAGUGGAACUUUUCAAUUAUGAAGAUGGCAAAACUUAGGAGCAACACUGUCAAGAUGCUUUUGAUCACACUGUUG